GCGCAUCUCCUUUCCUUUUCGGAUUCCCGACGCGGUUGCCGCGGUUGCUGUAGUUUCCCUAAGUGUGUUGCCCGGGCCGUCGCCAUGGUGAAGCUGAGCAAAGAGGCCAAGCAGAGGCUGCAGCAGCUUUUCAAGGGAGGCCAGUUUGCCAUCCGUUGGGGCUUUAUUCCUCUCGUGAUUUACCUGGGAUUUAAGAGGGGUGCAGAUCCUGGAAUGCCUGAACCAACUGUUUUGAGUUAUUUCCUUAGGGAAACAGUACCUUAGGAAACAUUAUCAGAGAUGGAACUACCUGGUCAAGCUGUGUGAACAUUUUCCAAGCCCUGAAAGUUACCAUCAAAUACUUCUUCCCAAGAGGCCAUUAACCUUUUUAAGAUAAGUUUUCUCUUUUAUAAGUUGGGCAUACUAUCUACUUUAUAAGAUUGCGAUGAGGAUUGAAUAAGAAUAUUGUGUGUAAAGUAUUACAGUGCUUGACAUGUAAUGUUUGAGCAGUAAACUAUUAAUAAUAAUUUUUAAUCUUUUCGAUGUCACCUCAUUUACCCCACUUCUUUCUCCUGUGAGAACUAUGCUCUAGCUACAUGACACUGCAUGCUAAUCCCAGAAUAAACUGUAUUUUUUCGUGCCUUUGUAUGCUUAUUCUCCCUCAGCCUGGAAUGCUUCUUCCAUUCAGUUUUCACUUGUCUAGAAAAGCCCAAUCUCAAAUGUCACCUCUUCCCUAAAUCUUUUCCUCCUUCUCCUAACUGAAAUUGCACCAUUUUUUGUGUUCCUAUAGUAUUCUUUUGUGUCUGUCAUUCUUUGCUUUGUAUUAUGCUUGUUGCUUAUUUGCAUUCUAUGUUGUCCUGCAAGUACCUAAAGUAGCUGCCAACUACUUUGGCAACACUUUUUAAAUGUUGAAUUAACUUAAUUAAAUGAUCCUAACCUCUUGGUGGUCUUGGAACAGGAAUUGAUACAGCAUUUCCUCCUGUACAGUUUUUAGACUAGACCUGCAUCCUGAGAAAUAGUGUUUUUUGAGCCUCAGGUGAUCCAGGAUCCAGAGGUGGUGCUAGAUGUACCCUUUUGUUGUACUGGCUUCAGUUAUCCCACCAAGAGUUGACCCUUGAAAGUUGCAGACUGGAUGAAGCAGCCACCCCCCUGCUUUUUAUUUCUUCACCUUACUGUCAUCUCAGUGCUCUUGUCAUUGCUGGUGCUGAUGAUCAUUCUUUUCUGUCAUUAGGGACAUUUUCUGAUUUCUUUCCAGGGAUAUUUGUGAUUUAGGAAGGGAUUGAGGAAUGCUGAUAAGAGUUAUCCUGUUACAGAAUUUCAUAUACUGUGCUGCUUGCACUGGAGAGACUUGACUAAGAGGUCUUCCUGGGUUACCUGGUCUGUACCCUGAAAGGAAUAGACUUGUAUCUGCCAGGCUUUUCAGUAAUGUAAAUGUUUUAUUAAUAUAAAACUUAUUUAGCAAUAUAAAGUUUAUUGUUUAUAUAUAAAUUUAUAUAUAUCACACUUGUGGAGAUAAUAUGGUUCAUGAUUUACUGGUCUGUUUCCCUUGUUGUUAGAUUCCUUGGGAUUAGAUCCCCAUUUGUCUUAGUGUCCUCCUCUUUCACUCAGGAUGGUGCAUUGUAUGUGGUUGGUUGAUAUGAAUGCCUUAUUUAAAAUGCAGAAUUUAAUGAAUAAGGGACAAUAUCUUAGUAAAACAUUAUUUAGGCAAAAUAUAUGAAUACUAAGUAACUGAGAGAAUGAUUGUUCCCAUUAUCUUUAUAAAGCCAAGGAAGAUUUUCUUUUCUCUUUAUCUUAGAUGCUCAUUACCAGUGAGGAAGAGACUUCGAUAAAUGGAUAAUUUGUUUUCAUAGCUUAACUGUAUGCAAAAAUACUUGGGGUAUAUUGUGAGAUUUUAAUACACUUUUGAAAACUGGGAAUAGAUGCAUGUUGGUUUGUUUUAUAUGUAGAGGGAAAAUAAUUUCUAAAAAUUAACAAUGCUCAGAUUGUCAUUUUGUAAUGCAAUUUUAUUUAAGUUGACAUACUACUAGAAACUACAUUUUUAAUCAACAGGACUUAGAAGUAAAGCACCUCUUGUCUCUUUCCUGGAUCUAAUAAUGAUACAGCUUUAUUUUCUGGGUUCAUCAGUCCUUCAUAUCAAUAUUUUGAUUGACCUCAAUUUAUGUUAAUAGGUAACUACAAUAAAAAGUAAUAAAACUAUAUUUCUUUAAAUAGGUCUCUAUGUUUGUUUUUUUUUUGCCCAAUGAGAUUGAUCCUUCUGCUAACUGAAUUUGAUAGAUGAGUAAACACAAACAUAAAUGUAUAAAAUCUUCUAAUUCUUAAGCUAUGUUUAAGAAGUUUUACUUUGGGGUUUAAUUUAUUUUUCCUCUUCACAAACAUUUUAGCUUACUUUGGGGAUAAAGGACUAUUUGGUCAUCUGGUUUUGGAAGCAAUCAAUGCAGAGGAACAACAUGGAAGGUGUGCACUCUGGCUGGGAUGAGAGAUGGGACAUCGUUCACCAGUUGGAUGGCACAGGGCUCUUACUUCUCAGAUGCGUCUGUGGCAGAGUGGAACCUCUACUGACUUAUUUAUGAUAGACUGUAUUAAAAUAAAUGUUUUUUUAACAGUGUUA